CUCAAACUCAGGACUUUGCACUUGCCAGGCAGGCGUGACUGAGCUACAUCUCUGGCCCAGCUGUGCCCCCUCACCUACACUUGAGCCCUCCCUCCCUUGAGUGGGGUCCAAUUUGGGUCCACAGCUUUGGCUCCUGGCUUCUGUGGAAUCUGCCAGCAGCCUUCUGCCUGCCUCAAGGCCCUGAAGCCACCAGAGGGAGGGAGCUAGGCACAGAAGACUCAGUUACCUGAGUGCUUAGACCCGGAGACCACACUGAGAAACAGCUGUCUGUGGGUUCCCUGGCAGAGGAGAAGGUGCCAUUGUCUGCUGUUAGGCCACUGUGACCUCAGAGUUCUUGUUCGCUUCAUAACCCCUGGGAGGGGCUGCCCCCAAUGGAACUGUGGGCCUCUUCCUGGGAGUUCCAGUGGCCAUGCAGUCCCUGGCUGAGCAUGGGCUGUGCUGAGCUGGGCUCUCCUCCUCUUGGCCUAGAUGCAUCACUGUAAGCGAUACCGCUCCCCUGAGCCAGACCAGUACCUGAGCUACCGUUGGAAGAGGCGAAGGUCCUACAGUCGGGAGCGGGAGCACGAAGGGAGACUGCGCUACCCAUCCCGCAGGGAGCCUCCCCUGAGGAGGUCCCGGUCCCGGAGCCAUGACCGCCUGCCCUACCAGAGGAGAUACCGGGAGCACCGAGACAGUGAUGUGUACCGCUGCGAAGAGCGGAGCCCAUCGUUUGCUGAGGACUGCUAUGGAUCCUCUCGCUCCCGUCAUCGGCGGCGGUCACGGGAGAGGGGGCCGUACCGAACCCGCAAGCACACCCACCACUGCCACAAACGCCGCACCAGGUCUUGUAGCAGCGCCUCCUCGAGAAGCCAACAGAGCAGUAAGCGCAGCAGCCGGAGUGUGGAAGAUGACAAGGAGGGCCACCUGGUGUGCCGGAUCGGCGAUUGGCUCCAAGAGCGAUAUGAGAUCGUGGGCAACCUGGGUGAAGGCACCUUUGGCAAGGUGGUAGAGUGCGUGGACCAUGCCAGAGGGAAGUCCCAGGUCGCCCUGAAGAUCAUCCGCAAUGUGGGCAAAUACCGAGAGGCCGCCCGGCUGGAAAUCAAUGUUCUCAAGAAAAUCAAGGAGAAGGACAAGGAGAACAAGUUCUUGUGUGUGUUGAUGUCCGACUGGUUCAACUUCCAUGGCCACAUGUGCAUCGCCUUUGAGCUCCUGGGCAAGAACACCUUUGAGUUCCUGAAGGAGAACAACUUCCAGCCUUACCCCUUGCCUCAUGUCCGGCACAUGGCCUACCAGCUCUGCCACGCCCUCAGAUUUCUACAUGACAACCAGCUGACCCACACAGACUUGAAGCCAGAGAACAUCCUGUUCGUGAACUCAGAGUUUGAAACCCUCUACAACGAGCACAAGAGCUGCGAGGAGAAGUCGGUGAAGAACACCAGCAUCCGAGUGGCCGACUUCGGCAGUGCCACAUUUGACCACGAGCAUCAUACCACCAUUGUGGCCACCCGGCACUACCGCCCGCCCGAGGUCAUCCUGGAGCUGGGCUGGGCACAGCCCUGCGACGUCUGGAGCAUCGGCUGCAUCCUCUUUGAGUACUACCGUGGCUUCACACUCUUCCAGACUCAUGAAAACCGAGAGCACUUGGUGAUGAUGGAGAAGAUUCUGGGGCCCAUCCCAUCACACAUGAUCCACCGCACCAGGAAACAGAAAUAUUUCUACAAAGGGGGCCUGGUUUGGGAUGAGAACAGCUCAGAUGGCCGGUAUGUGAAGGAGAACUGCAAACCUCUGAAGGGUGCAGAACACAGCAUUGCUGGCUUCUUGCAGCCGCCCUUAGCCCAACCCCUUCCCCGUUGGGUGGCUAACAUAAAUGGGGAGCACCAGCGAAGCCCUGGUGCCCGCAGAGACUGCUGCUUCCUGUCAUUUUCUUGAUUUUGGGAACAAUUAGGGCAGGACUGAGGCACAGGGGAGGGGUGACUGAAACUUGGUCAGGAAGCCUGGCAACUGCACUUGGUGCCAGCUGGACAAAUGGGUGUACAGAGAUGGUCAGGAUUUGCAUGUGGGGGAAGAGGUGCCAACCCAGUAAGAUGCCUGAUACUGUAAGUUCUGAGCGAACCAUUAGAGCUCAGGUGUGGAACGAAAGGAGCUAUUAUCCCAGAGGACAGAAGUAGAGUCCUCUGAGGACCCAGGCUGGCAAGGCCUCCCAGCGGCAAGGGGACUGCAGUGGCUCCUACCACCCACCAUCACAGCAGGUGCCUUGUGUCCCUGAGCAGAGUUACAUGCUCCAAGACUCGCUGGAGCACGUGCAGCUGUUCGACCUGAUGCAGAGGAUGCUAGAAUUUGACCCUGCACAGCGCAUCACAC